AUGGACGCAAGUGACUCUCCCUGUGCAUCAGUCUUCUCGGUCUCACUCAAUCAUCUUGCACUUCGCCCGUUCAGCUCUCAAAAUCUCGAAUCCCUGGUGUUGGAUAGGAUUGAUUCCAAAGACGUAGGCGCUGAAGGCUUUGCAGGGCGGUUUGGCCCUAUAGCCUCCCUAGUUCGGAACAACCGAUCAAGCCUUGUCACCCUUGGAUUGUCUGCUCGUUGGUCUAUACCUAUGGCGUCGGUCAUGAUCGACUCAGUGCAACAGAACCUGUUCCCCAAGCUCAAGAAUCUAUGUCUCGGCUUCCAACAUUUCGCAACCAAGACUGCCGUGUUGCACUUUUUCAAGGAUCAUGCAGAACGAUUAGAAUACGUAUUUUUCUGUAAUGUCUACAUCCGUGACGGAUCUUUAUGGAAAUCUGUCAUAAAAGAAAUGAGAAAUUUGGAUUUCUCAAGAUUGCAGAAAUUUACACUAAGAAAUUGGGACCGCAAGAUGUUUGUAGAACUUUCACCAUUCAUUAAAGGACAAACCAAUGAGGACGAGAAUCCACUAACAGAGAAUCCGUACUUCGACCAAGACUGA